AUCGUUCAGUUGAGUUUUGGAAUUUACGUGUGAUGGACUUGUUUAGGAAUGUUAAUCUUCUCAAAUAACAGGGUGUUAAUGCUGAAAUCUUUUCAACGCAUUCCUUAUGUGUAAUUACUGUAGCUGCACCCUUGUGAUGCAUAACAAUACUGCGCUUGAUUGAACUGAAUUGGAGAACCAUGUUUUACGCACCGCAUUUGAUUCAACCACAGCCAACCACGCACGCUUUGGUAUGUCUACCCCCAUUUUCGUCGGCUAAAAGUGGCACAAAGACGCGCUGGCUUUAGGACUUUUUACAAGUUUGGUCUUCCCCUUUAAAAGUAUACAGCCCUAGCGGUGAUCAUUGGUCUGAAAACUCUGCGGAGGGGAUUAGAGCAUGAAAUAGCUUGAACAAGAAGCCGGGAUCAUGGCGGCACCGCUCGGGCGGGACACUUUACCUGACCACUGGUCCUAUGGAGUUUAUCGAGAUGGUAGGGUCUUCUUCAUCAGUGAUAAAACUCACAGCACUACUUGGCUCCAUCCUCGAACGUGUGAACCUGUCAACUCUGGACACAUGAUACGAUCAGAUUUACCACUGGGAUGGGAAGAAGGAUUCUCGGACGAGGGGGCCAGCUACUUCAUUGACCAUAACCAGAAGAGAACGUCGUUCCGACACCCUGUGACUGGACAGAUAUCUCCAGAAAACACUGAAUAUAUGCUCCAUGACAAGACAGAGUCCCGGGGCAUGUCCAAGCCACCGCCACCGGCCAGUCAGAGGCCCCCCAGCAUGGUCAGCCAGACUUCCAAGGCAGUGACCUCAUCAACAGUGGACGCCACCUCAGGGUCAAAGCCGCAGGGCUCUAGGAGUAGUGGCAAGGUACACAGCUUCGGCAAGAGGGACCAAGCCAUCAAGAGGAACCCCAAUAUCCCUGUGGUUGUCAGAGGAUGGCUCUACAAACAGGACAGCUCUGGAAUGAGACUGUGGAAGAGGAAGUGGUUUGUGUUGUCUGACUACUGCUUGUUUUAUUACAAAGACAGCAGAGAGGAGACGGUUUUGGGGAGCAUCCCGCUGCCCAGUUAUGUCAUCGCCCCUGUGGAGCCUGAUGACCACAUCAGCCGCAAGUAUGCCUUCAAGGCGAGCCACACAGGAAUGCGCUCCUACAUUUACAAUAAGAAUUCUGUGAUUGGCUCGCAGGCAGAGCACGGUGGGAUGAGGACGUACUUCUUCAGUGCCGACACCCAGGAGGACAUGAAUGGUUGGAUCCGAGCCAUGAACCAGGCUGCUCUCAUGCAGAGUCAAGGCAUCAAGAGAGAGGCAGUCACAGAGAGACCAGAAAUGUCCGUGCAGCAGGCAGUACCACAGACCAACCACGUUAACAACACCACCAGUAAGAGCCCCUCCCAGUCACGUUCAGGGAGCCUCCAGCGGCCCGAGAGAGAGGAGCCUCCGGAGGGGGAGAUCCGACUGAGCCAGGGGGACGAGGAGAGGUACGUGUUGGAGGCUCCUAGAAAGCUCAGCCAUCCAGCCACGGAGGUAGAGGUGGACAGGCUCUCCCCAGACACUCUCCCUGGCCCCUCACACCCCAGGAAUGGCCAGGCCCACACAGUCCUCGCCACGCUGCCCCCUGAGCAGAAUGGGAACGUUGUGUAUAAGAGGGGCUUUGUCCCACGGACAGCCACAGAGAAGCAGGUGCAGAGGAAGACUGCUCUGGCUCAGGUGGAGCACUGGGUCAAUGUACAGAAGGGAGAUCCCAAGAGCAACACACCUACUACUGAGUACGCCCUCCCCCUCCCUCGGCGGACGCCUCCCCUGCAGCCUAAGGCCGUGGUAGUAGAGGCCUGCCAGACAUUGCCAAAGACCCCCAGACUCCCGUCAGGCGGGAGCUCCCCUUCGGCGCCCCGCAACCUGCCCAGUGACUACAAAUACGCCCACGACCGGCUCAGCCACUUCCGCAUGUCCACCGAUGAGCGCAUGGCCACCAAGGAGGGCAUGGUGUGGCAGCUGUAUGAGUGGCAGCAGCGCCAGCAGUUCCGCCACGGCAGCCCCACGGCGCCCAUCUACACCGGACCAGACUUUCUGGACACAGCCUCCUUCCGGGUCACUGUGGAGAUGCCUCGCUCCAUCUCUGUGCCCCCUUCCCCCUGCGAAGUCCCCCCAUCUGUCCCCACCUUCAAACCACUGUCCCCCCACAGGCCACACACCCCCUCAGACAGGGUGACGGUCAGGCCGCUGGAUGAGGUGCCACCUGGGGAGUCGCCCACCGGCUCCAGUUCUCCUAGACGGGUGUUUUCUCAGCUCUCUAAGACUAGUCAGCUGGAGAGACGGUCAAUGCCAGCCAUGGGCUACAUCACACACACAGUCAGCGCACCAAGCUUGCAUGGGAAAACGCCGGAGGAGUUGACCCUGCUGCUCAUUCAGCUCAGGAGUCACCAGGCCAAGAUGGCUGGUGUCCACGGUGACGCCCUCCACCACCUACAUCACAACGGCUUCCUAGGCCCCAGCCUGCAGGCAGAUGAUACUUACAUGCAACUGAAGAAGGACCUGGAUUAUCUAGAUCUGAAGGUGGGCCCCAAGAGAAAAGAUCAUAUCAACAGUAUUGACCCGUUGAUCGUUAUGGUACACAAUGUGUUAGAAAACACCCCUCCAGGUUUUGGGUCCAGUUGGAAUGUUACAGGCCGUGAAACUCUAAAAGACAGACCAUCGAGACCUGUUAAGAUAGCAGAGAGCGAUGUUGAUGUGAAGUUAAGCCGACUGUGUGAACAAGACAAGAUCCUUCAGGAGCUGGAAACAACGAUACGCACGCUCAAGGAAGACAAGGACAAGUUGGAGUCCGUGCUGGACGUGUCCCACCAGCAGAUGGAGCAGUAUCGGGACCAGCCGGCCCAUCAGGAGAAGAUAUCCUACCAGCAGAGACUACUGCAGGAGGACGUGGUGCACAUCAGAGCUGAGAUCUCUCAGGUGUUCACGGAGAUGGAGAAUGUGUGGAACGAGUACAGCAGCCUGGAGAGAGAUGUAGACUGGUUGAGGACAGCUCUGGAGGGCCAGAUGAACCGCAGUGGUCUCUCUCAGAAGGAGAAGUCCCAGAUCAAGAGGGAGUUGUGGAGGAUUGAAGACGUAAUAGCAGGCCUCAGCUCCAGCAAAGCCAACUACCAAGUCACCAUCUCCUCUGUGACCAACCCAGAGAGAAAACUUGUGCCUUCCGUGUCGCCGUCGUCAGUGCCUUCUCUGUCUGCCAGUCCCUCCCUCGGAGAGAUGAGACUGGUCCAGCAGCACAGCCCCCACCUCAGCCCCACAACCCCCACCUCCACCCAGCACACCACCACAGCCCUCGCCAUGUCUGUGCCAAAAUGGGCAGAUGAGGGCGCCCCUCCCCGACCACCACUACCUCAGCUAUACAGUCCUGAGGACCACGCCCCCGCCGUGCCUCCGCUGCCCAGGGAAACCAGCGUCAUCAGACACACGUCUGUACGAGGCCUCAAACGGCAGUCUGACGAACGCAAGCGGGACAGGGAGAUCGGCCAAUACACCAACGAAGACAACAAGAUGGAGCUGCGCACCUUCCUGAGUGAACCUGAGCUUCUGGGAGUGGGAGGGUCUGGUCACAUGAGGAUGGGGGCCUUGGGGCAUGAUGGUGGCUACCAGACCCUGCCAAGCAGAGGGCCGGUUGGCUCCUCAUCCAGGCUAAAUCAGUCCACCAACAUCUCCUCAUAUGUUACCCUCCGAAGAGGAGCCUCAGCCGCCUCAGGCCUGAAGGAGAGACCGAAGAGUGCCUUGGAGCGUCUGUACUCUGGGGAUGUGCUGCAGCAGCAGAGCAGGGGGAGGAUGAGUGCUGAGGAGCAGCUGCAGAGGAUGAAGAGGCACCAGAAAGCUCUGGUCCGCCAGCGCAAGAGGACCCUGAGUCAAGGAGAAUGCCAGGCCUCUUCAUCACGAGCCUCCUCCUCAUCAUCACAGCAACGCCCCCUUUCCGCAGACCUGGGCUCAUGGAGGCGAGAGCAGGAGUUUGACCUGCAGUUGCUGGAGCGGGCGGUGCAGGGGGAGGAGGCGCGGGGCGUGGUCCAGGGUGAGGAGUGUCCAGCAGAGCACAGUGAUAGACCUCGGUCCCAGUCAGAUGAGUGGCUGACCCUCCGCUCUACAGCCACGUCCACACUUACCCAGGAGGUGGAUCUGGAGACGCUGGACUAUGACCUGGACCUCAGCCGAGAGCUGGCCAAACCUCAGAAGGUGUUAAUCCCUGAGCGCUACAUAGACACAGAACCUGAGGAACCUCUCAGCCCUCAGGAGGUGGAGGCUCGCCAUCGCAACAUGGAGCGCAUCAAGAACAUUCUGGCCAAGUCCAGUGUUCAGAUCCUGGCGGGGCCCUCUGUGGCGGUGGACCAGCCAGAGGUGGUGGGUCUGGACUCAGCACUACUGAAGCAGGAGAGGAUCAUCACCAUGUCUUACGCCCUGGCCUCAGAGGCCUCCCUCAAGAGCAAGCAGGUCGCAGUAGCACCACUGCACCCUAACAUCCCCACCGUGCCUCCUCCUCCUCCUCCUCCUCUUCCUCCUGUCUCUCAGGCACCUCCCCCUCCUCCUCCUCUAAGCAACGGAUUUCACUUCUCGUUUGUCUAAUCAGAGCAAACAAACCAAUGCGCUUUCUGGACACUGAGGUGCUGUUCCAUGAUGACAAUACAACCUGGAUUCUUGAAGAAAGAAAGACUUUGUUUGGUGCUGACAGUUACACUGUUAUACAGUAGAUGAGUGUUAGUGAACAUUUAACCUGCCCUCAGUAGCACGCAGCAGGACUUACUCGCUGAUGCAUUUUUAGGAGCUAAAAUGAAGUAACUAUUUUCUUAAGAAAAUGUCUGUCUGCCGUGAAAGCUGCUGUGCAUAUUAACUUUGGAAGUGUCUAACAGAUGUUAAUCCCAUAAUAGAAAAUGGUUUAUACAUGUUAUUGCACUUUUAGCAUUAUACUGUAUCAUAGUGAAGAACUGAAAGAGAUAUUUUCAAGGUGAGAAUGUUUUGUCUUGCAGUGUGAUCUGAAUUUGGAGGGAACUUGUAUUUUGUUUUUUUAAAGUUAAUGAGAGUAUUCACCAACUAGAAGGUCGAUAUGAACAUAAGGUACUGAACAUGUGUCAUGUUGAUUGUAUUUUUGUCAAAACUCAGAUGAUAUUCUUACACCAAAUCACUUGAAAUGUAAUUUGUGUUUGUAUCUAGCACUGCCAGUCUCUUAAUGGCUUGCCAAAUGGAUGUUUAUUUUUGCUUACAACAUUGGGAGGAGAAUAACAUUGAACAUAAUAUUUUCUGGAUGGCUUGGGCAGGUUGCACAAUGAUACUUAUUACAAAUGUAAAUAUUAAAGAUAUUAACAUGA